AUGCAUGAAAUCAUAGAACAAGUUAAAACAGCCGCCUCGAGUUUCCGCAUGAUCACUGGUGAAUUUACGAUAAUAUGCUUCGCAGACGAUGCUGUGCUGACAGCAGAAAACGAAGAAUACCGGCUGAAAUUACUGUUCAAAUUUGAGGAAGUGGCUUUAUCCUUAAACAUACAGAUAUUGGUGGGAAAAGCCAACGCAAUGGUAGUAUCCGAACAGCCAAAAAGAUGCAAGCUGGCGGUUAAUAAUAAUCCCAUAGAACAAGCCAUGGAGUUCACAUACUUGGGUUUACAAAUUACCAGCAGUAAGGAUCUAAGCAAAGAAGUGAAGACUGCGGUAAACAAUGCAGCAACACUUUCUGGCUGUCUAAAACUGCAAUUAGUGGGACAAUAUCGUAGCUGUAACUGUAGUCAUAGCAAUCUGGCGUUCUGA